ACUGAUUUCUUGCACACGCGAAGAGUUAAGUAAGCCAUUCAACAUGUCUGGAAGAGGUAAAACCGGAGGAAAAGCCCGCGCUAAGGCUAAGACUCGCAGCUCCCGCGCCGGUCUUCAGUUCCCCGUCGGCCGUGUUCACCGUCUCCUUCGUAAAGGCAACUAUGCUGAGCGAGUGGGCGCCGGUGCCCCCGUGUAUCUGGCCGCCGUGCUCGAGUACCUGACUGCUGAGAUCCUCGAGUUGGCGGGAAACGCCGCAAGAGACAACAAGAAGACUCGUAUCAUCCCUCGCCAUCUCCAGUUGGCCGUCCGUAACGACGAGGAGCUGAACAAACUGCUCGGCGGAGUGACCAUCGCACAGGGCGGUGUUCUGCCCAACAUCCAGGCCGUGCUCCUGCCCAAGAAGACUGGCCAGGCUGCAGCCAGCUCCGGCAAAUCUGGAAAGAAGGGAUCUUCCCAGUCACAAGAGUAUUAAAUGUUGAACUGAGCUAAUUCAUCCAAAGGCCCUUUUAAGGGCCACCCAACUCUUCUGAAAAGAGCAAUUUCCAUGUGUCUGAAUGUGAUAUAGCUUGUAUUUUUGAGAUGCAUGCUUUGCUUAUUAAAUUGUCAUUUUUUAAUAA